UAUCACAUUUAAUACGCGUAGUCAUAUAAAAUGUGAAACGUACAAUAGAAAAACAACGAAAGACCACGCUCGCGAUUUGACAGCUGCGCUUUUUUGGAGAAAUUACGGUAGUUUGGAUAUUCUCCGUGAUUUUGAUUUUCAAACACAACACUGAUUUUUAGUUUUUAAAGUCGCUUUAUCUUCUGCUGCUCAACUGCUCCUGCUCUGAUGACGCAAUGACGUCAGACGAAACUAACGGAGCACAGCGACGCCGAUCGCAGAUCCUCCCAUCACCAGGAAAAUAAAACCUAAGUGUAACAGCACUGUAACACAUUUAAUCUAAUAUGGAGAAAUGCAGGCGUUUUUGAAAGGAUCUUCAUCGCAGAGUGUCAAAGCUCAGAAACCAUCUUCAUCAGCAUCAUCAUCAUCAUCAUCCUCCUCAGCAGCAGCAGCAGCGGGAGAGAAGAAGCAGAAGGCAGUGCCAUGGGUGGAGAAAUACAGGCCGAAGUGUGUGGAUGAAGUGGCCUUUCAGGAGGAGGUGGUUGCAGUACUCAAGAAAUCUCUAGAGGGCGCUGAUCUGCCCAACCUGCUGUUCUAUGGACCUCCUGGAACAGGAAAGACGUCCACCAUCCUGGCGGCUGCUCGAGAGCUUUACGGGCCGGAGCUGUACCGUCAGAGGGUGCUGGAGCUCAACGCGUCGGACGAGCGCGGCAUUCAGGUGGUCCGUGAGAAGGUGAAGAACUUCGCUCAGCUGACGGCGGCCGGCACGCGACCGGACGGGAAGCCCUGUCCUCCGUUUAAGAUCAUCAUCCUGGACGAGGCCGACUCCAUGACCGGCGCCGCUCAGGCGGCUCUCAGACGCACCAUGGAGAAAGAGUCCCGAACCACUCGAUUCUGCCUCAUCUGCAACUACGUCAGCCGGAUCAUUGAGCCGCUCACCUCCAGAUGCUCCAAGUUCCGCUUUAAACCGCUGGCCAACGACAUUCAACAGGAGCGACUGCUGGAGAUCUGUGGGAAGGAGAACCUCAAGUACAGCAAAGAGGGAAUCGAGGCUCUGGUGAGGGUGUCAGAAGGAGAUCUGAGGAAAGCCAUAACGUAUCUCCAGAGCGCCGCCAGACUCAACUCGGAGCGAGGAAUCACUGAACAAAUCAUCAUCGAGAUCGCUGGGGUGGUUCCACCCAAAGUGAUCGAAACGCUCCUCCAGAUCUGCUACAAAGGCACGUUUGAGAAGCUGGAGAUGGCUGUGAAGGAUUUGAUCGAUCAGGGAUACGCCGCCACCAACGUCCUCAACCAGUUACACGACGCCGUCAUUGACGAGAAGCUGAGCGAUAAACAGAAAUCUGUCAUCACGGAGAAGAUGGCCGAAGUGGAUAAGUGUCUGGCAGACGGAGCAGACGAGUAUCUGCAGUUACUGAGUCUCUGCUCCGUCAUCAUGCAGCAGGCCACGCAGAACACCUGAACUGACCAAUCAGCUGCUCCAUCACACCUGAGAUGACCAGUCUGCACUGGUGCUGAUUCCACACACGGCUGAUUGUUGUUUUCAACUUUUUGUACAUGUAAAGUUUGUAAUUAAAAACAGU